AUGUCACUUGGAAACCUUUCCCUGAAAAGUCUGGAAGUGGAGAGCUUCCACACACGGUUCAGUGCCUGGACACCUUUUAAGAACCAGUCCUUAAAUAGACAGCUCUUUCAAGAAAGAGUUACUCUCAUAAGUCACUGGUUUGACCUCUGGACCAACAAGCAGCGGCAGGAAUUCUUAUUCAUGAUCCUUUCACGAAGCUCGAAGUCACAAUUAAGGUUCAUCCAAGACUGGUUUUCGGAAAGGAAGCAGGUGGCCAGAGUGGAUUUCUCGACAGUGUUACCGCGCUGCAUUUCUCUUUACAUCUUUUCCUUUCUGAAUCCAAAGGACUUGUGUGCAGCUGCUCAAGUCAGCUGGCCCUGGAAGUUCCUAACGGAGCAGGAUUGCUUAUGGAUGCCCAAAUGCACUAGGUUCGGGUGGUUUCUGCCCUAUGCGCCAACACAGAACGAGUAUGGUGCUUGGAAGCACCACUACAUAGCUUGUGUGUCCAGCUUGGACUGGCUGACACCCAGGGAAGCUGCCGCUGUUUAUGGAACACUGAAUGAACCCAAAACAGAGGAUGAGGAGCUCCAGGAGAGGCAAAGAGAAAAGUGCCUGAGAAAAACCAUUUGGGAGAAAAUCGCACUCCGCAAGAAGGAGUUGUUCAAAGCUCGACCCCCUUGGCUGACUGGAACACGCUGCUCCAGGUCGAUAAAAUGUACAAGCCUGCCCGGCGGCCCUCAGCUGUGGAGAGACGGGACAGGGUUCUGCGAAGCCUUGGAGAGACAGUUUCUUCGGGCAUCUUUAGAUGCUUUGCCUCAGCGAAGCAACAUCUCGGGCAGUCACUCCUACCCUUCGUUACUAAAGAAAAGCCACCCCGAGGUCGGCAGAACCGACGACAGCUCUUCCUGUGAGUCGCCACUACACGUCAUCCUAAUAUCAUCGCGGAUUCCCGCAUAUGAGAUGGUGCUGGAGAGCGUCAAGGCAGGCGUGGUGGCUGUGCUGUAUGAACCCCGUGGAGUGACUUUCGAGGGCCUGCUUCAUCUCCUCGGCAGAGCUCUACAGGGGCGGAAGGCACAGGGCCUGGGGAUAUUUAGCAGUGGAAACAGCAGAGAAAUUGACUUACUGCAAGGCUAUAAAAUUUGUAUUAAAAAUUUACUGUGGCCUGAAGUGAGAGACUUCUGGGAGAAACUAGGAAGCUGUGUGACCACCGAAGAAGAAGGAGGACACGUAGACUUAUUUGUGCCACUUGGAGCAUCAGAGACAGGUAUAGAAGUGCUUUCUCUGCUAUCUCAACUAACUGGAGCAUCGUUCUCCGCCCCAGCUGGAGUCGCAACUGGUUCCUACCAACACAUUCUUAGUGACUGGCUGGGGCCGCGUCGGGAUGGGACUCCUCCUUCUAACUACUUCAUCGAGUCCAAGCUGCAGGCAUGGUCCAGCUUCACAGAAUUCCUGGAAGACACCUUGAAGUCAGUGAGGAAAAAGCUAAGUCCGCUCUUCCAGAACUUGCAGGAGAGCAUCAGUGGCCGCAUGAUAGGGCAGUUCAUGUUUGACACUCUGGGUAUGGACAGCAUCCUAAAUAACCAAGGCGUUGCACAGGCUCUGGCCGAUGGACUGAUGGAGCUGUCCAAAGAAGGGUCUGACAAACCUCUGGAAUUUUUGUCAUAUUUUCUGCUGAAGAAGUCUAGUAAAAAGAAUGAGGAUUUUGAAGGAGAUUAUGUUCUGACAGAACGUGGCCUGAAAGAAACACAGGAUCCACUCAUGAAGGAAAGAAGCAGCAUAGAAGACAGUUCUCAGGACACGAAGUCAAGUCCAAGCCAACGCAACCUGAACAUGGAGGCCCUGACUACGCUGGAGAGAAGGCUCCAGAUGGACUCAGUAGAGAAACGAACCCGAGUUGUGAAGGAGCUCGUGCAGAGCGAGAGACGGUACGUGCAGAUGCUGGGAAUCGUGAGGGACGUGUACGCCAGGCCCCUGAGGGCAGCUCUCUCCUCCAACAGAGCCAUUCUCAGUGCUGCCAAUAUCCACAUCAUUUUUUCUGACACUCUGCACAUCUUAAAUCUCAACAGAGAGUUUCUAGAUAACCUAAGGGACAGACUACAGGAAUGGAGCCCAGCCCACUGCGUGGGAGAAAUAUUCAUAAAGUUUGGAAGCCAGUUGAACGUAUAUACCAAUUUCUUCAACAAUUACCCAGUUGUCCUGAAAACCAUUGAGAAGUGCAGAGAAAUGGCUCCUGCGUUUAGAGCGUUCUUGAAGAGGCACGAUAGAACCAUUGUUACCAAAAUGCUGAGUCUGCCAGAGCUGCUGCUGUACCCAUCCCGGAGAUUUGAAGAAUAUAUUCACCUUCUCUAUGCUCUGAGACUCCAUACGCCUGCAGGACAUGUGGACCGUGGAGACCUGACCACUGCAAUUGAACAAAUCAAAAAAUAUAAAGACUACAUAGAUCAGAUAAAGGAAAACUUCAAAAUGAGAGAGCAGCUGUCCGACAUGCAGACACUCAUCUGGGGCUGCCCGACUUUAUCAGAAGCAAACAGAUACCUGAUUCGGAUCCAAGAUGUGGUUCAGCUUCAGUGCUGUGAGGAGAAAACUGAAUUUUACUUAAGACUCUACGAACAGACCCAAGACCUCAGCCUCUUCCUCUUCAGUGAUGUACUCCUUGUCACCAGUCGGAGUACAUCUCAUACGCCAUUUGAAAAGACUUGCAAAACAACCUACCGGUUCACUGCCUCAGUAGCCCUUCCCAGGAUACUCAUAGAAGACAUCCCAGACUCCAAAUAUAUCAAGAAUGCAUUUGUUCUUCGGGGUUUAAAACGUGAAUGGAUCUGUGCUACUGAGUCGCCGGAUGAUAAGUUCCUUUGGCUGUCAGUACUCCAACAUGCAAUCAGAAGCAGUAUGAAGUGA